AAAACAAAAAACAAAAAAACAUAAAACAUAUGGCCAUGGCACUUGUUCAUCAAUUUUGUUCUCUUCCUACUGAUCCCAGCAGUAGUUUUAAGAUCAAACCGCAAGUAUCUGUGUCUAGCGUUCCAGUUUCAAUUAAUGUAAUAAGAUUGAGAAGAGGAAUUGCCUCUUGUCCAGUACUUAAAUGCAUGGCUGAUAAUAGAUCAGUUUCUGAUCAUGAAAGUAGUAUUAUAGCUCGACGAUCGGCUAACUAUCAACCUCCUAUUUGGCACUUUGACUACGUCCAGUCACUUGAAAGCGAAUAUAACGGAAAACCAUAUGCCGAACGGGUCGAGAAUCUAAAGGAAGAGGUAAUAAGGGCAAUAUUUAAGAAGCUGGAACAUGACCAUUUGACUCAACUCAAGCAUAUUGAUUUACUACAGAGACUUGGAUUGUCUUACCACUUUGAGGAUGAAGUGAAGAGCAUAUUGAAAGGAAUUUACACAAAUACUUCCUACCAUAAAACGUCGAACAACAACAGUUUAUAUGCCACAGCUCUAGAAUUCAGACUCCUUCGCCAGCAUGGCUACUUUGUGCCUCAAGAAGUUUUUACUUCUUUCAAAGAUGAGACGGGGAAAUUCAUGGCAUGCAUGAGUGAUGAUCCCAUAGGACUAGUAUCUUUGUACGAAGCUUCAUUCCUUAUGGUAGAAGGUGAAAGUAUUUUGGAGGAAGCAAGAGAUUUUGCGACCAAGUGCCUCGAGGAAUAUAUUAUUAAGAAGGAAAACAUUGAUGAAAAUAAUGAUCAUAUUUCAUUAUUAGUGAGUCAUGCAUUGGAGCUUCCAUUACAGUGGCGAAUGCUGAGGUUGGAGAGCAGGUGGUUUAUUGAUUUGUAUGAGAGGAUGGAAGACAUGAAUCCUUGUUUGCUUGAGCUUGCUAAGCUCGACUUCAACAUUGUCCAAUCUACUCACCAAGAGGAUUUGAAGUAUGCGUCCAGGUGGUGGAGAAACACUGGGCUAGGACAAAAGUUGGAGUUUGCAAGGGAUAGGUUGAUGGAGAAUUUCUUAUGGACAGUGGGAGUAGUAUUUGAGCCUCAAUUUGGAUACUGUAGAAGAAUGUCCACCAAAGUAAAUGCCCUAAUAACAGUAAUUGAUGACAUUUAUGAUGUCUAUGGUACACUUGAUGAAUUGGAGCUGUUCACAGAUGUUGUUGACAGAUGGGACGUAAAUGACAUGGAUCAACUACCAGACUACAUGAAGAUGUGUUUCCUUGCUUUGCACAAUUCAAUAAAUGAUAUUGCGUUUACCGUGCUUAAAGAACAAGGGCUCUCCAUUGUUAAAUAUCUUAAGAAAGUGUGGGCAGAUAUCUGUAAAUCUUAUUUACAAGAAGCAAAGUGGUACUAUAGUGGAUACACACCAACCUUACAAGAGUACAUUGAGAAUGCAUGGAUUUCAAUAUCAGCGCCAGUUAUUUUGGUCCAUGCAUAUUUUUUUGUUACAAACCCAAUAACCAAAGAGGGUUUGGCCUGCUUGGAAGAAUAUCCGAGCAUAAUCCGUCAGUCAUCAAUCCUUUUACGUCUUGCAGAUGAUCUUGGAACAUCAUCAGAUGAAAUAAAAAGAGGUGAUGUUCCGAAAUCAAUUCAAUGCUACAUGCAUGAAGCUGGGGUUUCUGAGGAUGAGGCUCGUCAACAUAUAAAGUGGUUAAUAAGUGAAACAUGGAAGCAAAUGAAUGCAGAUAGAAUUGCAGACUCUCCAUUCUCAGAGACAUUCACUGAAAUUGCAACAAACCUUGCAAGGAUGGCACAAUGUAUGUACCAACAUGGAGAUGGACAUGGCAUUCAAGACCGCGAAACAAAAGAUCGUGUUUUGUCAUUACUUGUGAACCCCAUUUCUAAUUGUUAAGAAGAUGAAUUUGUAUGGGUUGAGUUACCCAGCUUCAGAUUGUUAACAUCAUUGUUAGUUACCAAUUCUUAUUAUUUUAGAAUUGGUUCGGUGUCACAAUCAUAGAAAUAUUUCUAAUUUGUAAUUUAAAUGUUUCAGAAGUUUUAUAACAUUGUAUCCUUAUUAUAAAUAGCAACAAUAA